AUGUUCAACAACUUGAAAUCGAUCAUUCCACUGACCCUAUCUCUGCUCUCUUUCGCGGUGUUGGCGAUGGUACCCGGUGGCUCGAUUUCGGGUCAUGAUCCGUCGAUGACAAGGGUUCCUUUCAUCGCAAUCACGACAACCAUCGCGCUAGAUGGUGUCAGUAUUGUAUCGUAUCGUCGUAGCAGGACAAGGAGGGACGGUCGGCUACGCCGAGCUUCUCAAAGCUGGUCACCUGAUCGCAUGCGUGAUAGCGCCAUCUGGUUUAUACGUGAUAGAUUGCCUCCUUUGCUUUCCGCCCCCCACCCCCAGCAUGACGAGAGCUGCGAGUUUUGCACAGAAGGCGACAUUCCGAUGCGAUUGAGCGAGUGUCAGGGAGAGCAGGUCGAUGUGGCGCGAGAGCACGUGAUUGACAAACAGCCACCGCGCGCACGUGAUGCCAGCACCGGACUUGACAACGAGGGGGCAACGACCGGACAAAGUGAACCAAGUCUUGAGCAAUCGUUUGUGACUGCCGCUCGAACGGAACUCGAGGGUGGUUCGACGCAAGGGGAUGGAAUCUAUCACCUCCUGGAGCGCUACGAACAUCUGAAAGAUGAUCUUGAAGCCAAGGUUACCAACAAAAGUUCUGUAGCGGAUCAGGAGGGGAGAAACCUCGUGGCAGAAGCCUUGGAUAAGGGUCGGGCCUUGCAGGUCAUCGAAGCUUAUCGUUGCCGAAAUUCCUCGGGCUACGUGGACGACCAGCGGAAGGCGAAACUUGAUAGGCUGUUCGAAGAGUAUCGGAAAGACCGGACAAAGGAGGCUAUCCCCUAUCUCGAUCCGUUUCAGUUGAUUCGAGCAAGGGACGCAUGCUUUGCAGCCUUCCCUCGACCCGGUGGAGCUUUCGUUCCGAGGGAGGUUUACUUGGAUCUCGUCAAGUGGAUCGUCCGAACCGAAAACCAACCAAAGGUCGUGCCAGAAAGCAUCAACCCAGACAAUUGUGUUGUGAUUCAUGAAGACUGUCUUCUCAUUGGACGACCUGCACAAUUUCAUCUCGAUGUCUUCCCCGCGGUGCAUGAUACGAGAGAAUAUAGCUGUAGACAAGCGGAGUUAGGACGUUCCUUGCUAGCGAUUUGUCCUAUAUUGCGUCAAUCAACUUAUCGACGUGUCAUCGACCCUGAAAGGGCGACACGGUUUGCGUACGAGGCCAUGUGGCGUAAUCACCACAAGAUCCUCGCAAAGCACGGAAUGAGCGAUUCGCUUUCGCUUCGCGGUUGUCGUUAUCCUAUUGGACCCACCAAACCGAUCCACCUCGACCUCCUUAGAACGAACUUCUUCAGCCAAAAACACAUCGACAUGGAUCUUCUAAGGGACAGGAGUGAUAUUUCGGUAUCAGAGGCAAGUACGGACACAUCAUCGUUCGCUUGGACGGAGGCUGGAGCCACCACAUUGGAGCAGUCAUACCGUCGAUACGAGGGUACCUUGCAGACAGCUCAUCGUCUGUCCUAUACUUCGAAGAGGUUUCAGGUCCGGACUACCCGUAAAGCUGUGCGACCUCCUGCCUCUGCCAAGUCCCGUGCGAUCACGAGUAAACCUGGAGGUCGCGUGGACAAGAGUUCUCGUUUCGCCAGGGGGUCCCGGCUGUCAUCGAUGUCCCACUCGUUGGAGACUCGGACAGAGCAUGGGACAGAGGAGGUAGAAAAAUCCGAUGUAGAUUACGAGCAGACGAUGGAUGCAGCAAAGGGCAUGAUCUUAUUCGGAGCCUACAGAGAACGUCAGCAGCCCUCAAGCGCGAUAGACCUCAAUCAUUCUUGGUCGUUCGACAGGAACUUGGAGAUAUACCAAAGGCAUGCGGCGAAUACAGCGGGGCGCCGAAUUCCCGAGAAACUCGAGUGGGAGAGGCUGAAGGAAGCGUGCUUUGCUGCUUUCCGACACCCUUUCAUAUCGGAAGGGAUCUUCUUCACAUUUUGCGAGCUGUUCAUGCGCCAUGCCAUGAUCGAUGCAGAAGGGCUCGAGGAAGAGCUUGCAUCCCUGAAGAUCGAUUCUCAGAGUGAAAAGUCAGAGCAGCAUCAGACCGAAGCCUCGCGGCAGAAUCGCGACCAGCAAAAUGAUCAGGACGCAGAAAUGUACGAGCUGGAGUUCCACUCGAAGAACUCAGAGGUUUUUGUGAUUUCUCUGGGGGAGACCUCUGGUCCCGUAUCAUCUGGAGCCUUCCGCAAUCCGAGCUCGGUGGAAGCUAAGAGCCAAUCGACAAAGUCUGAAAAUGAUUCAGCGAAGGCUCAAAGCAAGAUCAGCCGCAUCCGCCGUGGGAGAGUAGCGAUGCAUCGAGGGCAAUAUGUGAAAGGAAAACCAUGGAUCUCAGUUUGGAGACCCUACUCAAAUCAAGGCGUGCUGGAAACCUUGGUCAAGGUUCAUAAGCCAGCUGGCGAUACCUUGUCGGUCUCGACCGCUUCAUCGAGCGUCAUGUCGACCAAUACUCAGGCGGAGCAGUCUUUUCGAUUACUGCCUGACAGUCACGAUCAACGAGAUGACAUUACUAAGUUCAGAAAAGCUUAUAUUGAAGCUGAACCGAUCUUUAUGGAAGCCGCCUCAGAUGCGAUGUCAAAAGGCUAUCAACUGAACUUCAGCGGCUCGUUCUCUCGGCUCUCUGUAGGAACGGAUUGGGGUACUAUCCGUACCAUCGCGCCUGAGUACGCAAGCGAAGAAAAGCUAUGGCGAGACAGGAUCAGCAGAUGCCGAGCUUUGAUUAUCUGGCAUGCCUACAAGAAUGACGAGGGGACGCUCGAUCAAGAAAAGCAAGAAAGGCAUUAUCGCCUAGUUCAACACGAUAUAGAGCGCUGGGAGACCGAUUACAACGAGGAUGUCGAGAACAAGGUCAAAAUCAGACUCUUGGACUCGAGCGACCAGACCCAGGAUUCAGCCGAGCGGGACCACAUCGUUCUGGACCCGAAAAGGCUGGCACAGGCCAUUGACAGCCUGUCCUCUCAGCUUCCGGACCUUGUGUUCGAAUACGGAGAUUUCAAGGCUGUAUGCGGAAUCGCGAUAGGGGAGUCCAGUACUACGGGGCUUGUGCACUCCCUCACUCUGGAGGAGCACGCCUCGGGAAACGAGACCGAGAUGGGAGACAAUAACGAUGAUGAUGGGUCUGAAUCGGAUAUAGAGAUGGGUGGCAUGGAGUUACGGUCAGGCCGAGUGGUGAGGAGGGGCUAG